UGAGUCUGUCGUGUUUGGAUUCUCCUCAGUGGAAAGCAGAUGAAGUGAAGGAUAAGGGCAACGCUUCAUCAUUUCCAAGCGUCUGGACCCUCUAACAGGACAAGCAGAGCUCAAGAGCACCGUCUUCUGGCAGAAAAGAAAACAACUGGGGAUUCUGGUGGAUUACUUUGUAUCAACUUCAACAAUUUUUUGUGUAUCUUUUUUGUACUUGGACAAAGUCUUCACAGCUCCUACCGACAAAUGCAUGUUGACAAAAUGACUUCAUAGGCACUGACCUCAGGCAGAGUAGAAGAAAAGCAGCAUAAAGGAUGGAGGCUUCAAGUUCUGCUCAUGCAGGGACUCCCCGCUCUACAGCCAUACUCCCCCCCUCCCCUACUCACUCCUCUCCCGGCUGCUUGCAGUUCUUCUGGGAGUACCAGGACAUUUCUGUCCUCGUGGCGCAUUACAACUACACCGGCAAGCUGCAGAAAGACCGCUACCGUGAAGGACUCAAACCUGAGGGUAUUGCGUUUCUGGUUGUGUGUCUUCUCAUCGUCCUGGAGAACGCUGUGGUUCUCAUUGCCAUUUGGAGGAACAAGAAGUUCCACCUGCCCAUGUAUUACCUGCUGGGCAACCUGACUUUGUCUGACCUGCUGGCUGGGAUUACAUACAUGGCCAACAUCAUCAUGUCCGGACCUAAUACUUUGAAACUGACGCCUUUGCUGUGGUUCCUCAGAGAGGGAGGCGUCUUCAUCACUCUGGCUGCCUCUAUAAUCAGUCUGCUGGCCAUUGCAAUUGAAAGGCAUGUGACUAUGGUGACUAUGAGGCCAUACCACGGGGCAAAGCGGGGCCGGAUGUUGGCGCUGAUUGGUGCAAGUUGGGCCCUGGCAGGGUUUUUAGGAGUCCUUCCGAUUUUGGGGUGGAACUGCAUCCACAGACUGGACCAGUGUUCAACAGUCCUCCCGCUUUACGCCAAAAGCUACAUCCUCUGCUGCGUGUCUGUGUUCAGUGCAGUGCUCCUGGCCAUCGUGGUCCUUUAUGCAAGAGUUUUUCGCAUUGUCCGCAUCAACACACAUCGCCAGCGGCUGGGCCUGUCGGGCAGCAUGAGGAAAGGCUUAGCGAGGAAGUCCGAGAAGUAUAUCGCCCUCCUCAAGACCGUCACCAUCGUGCUGGGUGUCUUCAUCGCCUGCUGGCUGCCCCUCUUUGUCCUCCUCCUGCUGGAUUUUUUCUGCCCCACCCGUAGUUGUCGCAUGCUAUACAAGGCUGAUUACUUCCUUGGAGUAGCUAUGGUCAACUCGCUCCUCAACCCUAUCAUCUACACUCUGACCAGUAAGGACAUGAGGCGAGCCAUCCUGAGGCUGCUCUGUCGGCCGUGUCUGAUGACCAGAGACGGCCAGGUGAAGAAGAUUGGGAUGCCGUUCCUGGAGUGCAGUUUCAGUAAAACUGAGGUGGCUUCGCAGAAGUUAGAGGGGGGCGGGGAGACGACCAUUUCCUCUGGGAACGUUAUAACCACCCCAUCUCCUAUUAAAGCCCUUUACCCCAAACUCUUCAAGUCAUAAAGACUCAGACUUUACUAGUGUGUGAAUGGGUUUCCCACUGAACAGAGGACAUGUAGCACAUCUUCUAAAGAGAGGAAACAGUUCUGGUAAUCUCCAGUUUGGAGUACAGCCAGAAACAGAGGCGGCAAGACAAUCAUGUUCAGACAAAUGUCUCAGCUUGACAAGUCAGAGAUGGUGCAGAUGAUUACAAAACAAAAUGCCACAAGGAUGCAUAUCAAAUGUGAACAAGCAAACAUACUUUUCUUAUGAGUAGAUGCUAGCGAUGAGUCUCCUUAACUAAUUUGCACUGAAAUAUCACAAUGAAUGGAGUAGAAGAGUUUUCCUGUGGUUCUGUAGUUAGUGUCGAAGCCUGGAAGGAGACUUCUGUUAACCCAAAGACUGAAAACAUGUAAACGUAGCAUUUUCUGGGUCAAUGGUGACAAUUGUGGUUAGCUUUUCCCCUUUUUUACAGGUUCUUAUUGAAGUGCCUUAAGUACAGCACACAAUAGUAUGUGCAGUGUGUAAUCUGUGCAUCUGCAGACACCUGGAUUUCGCUGGUUCGAAGGCCAAUGAUGUGCUAGUUUAAGAUAAAGUUGUGUGGAGCCCCAGACAUAUCUAUGUACAUGAUUUGAUGCAGGGAGAGUUGCAAGGGGACAGAAAGAUAACAGGAAAGAGAGAGUUGGCGCUCACUUUUAACUGCUCUUACAGCUCAGUGAAGAAUGCUGUGGCAUAGUUGUGGGAGGGGGAGACGCAACAUUAAAAUCCCCACACUGUUUUGAAAUGACAGAUGGUUAACCUAUCUGAUGCUAAGUGGAAAGUUGUUGGGGUUUAAUUUUCUUUAAAAUGUCAGUCUGGCAUCUGCAAGAAAACUGCAACAUGAACAAUAAAAUGUCAACAUAAACUGUGAUUAACUGACGGAUGUAACAAAAAAAGGCUUUCAUUCCAUCGUGGCAUGCUGAUGGUUUAACUGAAACCAAAGCUGCUACAAUUGCAACACUUGGAAGUACAGAGCCUUAUAAAUUAUUACUUUGCAAUUAAAGUUGUAGAUGUAAUUAAUCAUUAUCAUCAAGCUGGAGGUUUUUUAAGGACAAGAAAGUACCUUCACUUGUAAGCUAAAUCAUGCAGAAUCAGCUCAAUUAUUCCAACUUCCUUCGUCAUCCAUCAUGUUAGCAGAAUAUUUCCGGUUUAAGGUACUGAAUUUUUUUCAUUAUGAAAUCUGUUUAACAUCAGUCUUUUUAUACUGAUGUUUUUUUAAUGCAGUCUUUCCGGACCUUAAUUGAUGAAUGAGGCAGUGUGCUUUAUGUGUACUGCAAUUAUUGUAGUGAUUUUUGUAUUUCUUUUCAUAUCAUCUGUAUUGUAAAUUAUAUCUAUUUUGUAACGUUCUUUUCAUAAAAGAAAUAAAAUGUUUUCUU